GAUCGAUAAUUUUUUCUUUUCUUUCAAUUUAUCACAUCCAUCUUUUCUUCCUUUUUACUGCCGUUAUCCGCACUUUUCGUAUAUUGGUUGCUACGCACACUCUCUCUCCUUGCUCCCAGCAACCUAUCAAGCAAACCGUAUCAUCACCAUGUCAACGACGGCUUACGUCGACAGCCCUCCACCCAACUACAUACACCAAGUGCGAUCUGAAUUUCGGCGAUUCCCGGAUCAUGCUCGAUCGUACUUCUCGGACAUGCUGCCAAUCAUCAACUGGCUGCCUAAGUACAAUCUGCUGUGGUUGUGGGGUGAUCUCAUUUGUGGAAUUACUAUUGGCGCCGUUGUUGUCCCACAGAGUAUGGCGUAUGCCAAAAUCGCCUCCCUCCCGCCGGAAUAUGGUCUCUACUCCAGCUUCGUUGGCGUGGUCAUAUACAUGUUCAUGGGCACUUCCAAAGAUAUCAGUAUUGGCACUAGUGCGAUUAUGUCUCUGCUGUUUAGUCAGAUUUUCCUUGGCAUCCAAGCAACGCCUGAGUUUCAAUCUGGCGAAUGGACCACGCAUCAGUUUGCCGUCACUAUGGCGCUGUUCGCAGGCAUCAUUUCGCUAGGCCUAAGCGUGCUACGACUGGGCAUCCUUUUUCAUUUCAUUUGCCAACCCGCCGUUGCUGGGUUCAUGGCCGGCAGUGGCUUGACCAUCGUCAUCAACCAGUUCAGCAAAAUAUUCGGCGUCUCUAACAUCAACACAAGCGAGGCCCCCUAUCUUGUUUUCGGCAAGACUCUGAUCAACUUGAACCACAGCACCGUCGAUGCCAUAUUUGGCGUGCUAUCACUUAUUUGGUUAUAUGGCGUCCGCUACCUUUGCCAGUAUCUGACCAAACGCUAUCCACAACAUGCCCGCAAAUUUUUCUUUUUCAACAUUAGCCGCAACGUUGUCGUUAUCGUUUUUACAACGUUCUUGUCGUGGCUUAUCAAUCACUUUGGCCACUACGAAACUAGCCCCUUUGGUAUCCUCGGUCCUGUACCAGCCGGGUUUCAAAAUAUGGGAGUUCCGGAAAUCGACUCUGGACUGGUGGCCGAGAUCAUGCCCAACAUCCCUAGUGUGGUGACCCUUCUUAUCAUGGAACACUGUUCCAUCGCUACCAGUCUGGGCAAACAGUCUGAUUAUCGAAUCAAUGUGAAUCAGGAAAUUAUGACCAUUGGAUUAACCAAUAUCUUUGGCUCCUUUUUCUCUGCAUACCCUUCGACUGGAAGUUUCUCACGUUCGGCCGUUACCUCCAAGUCUGGGGCUAGAACACCGUUGACCAACAUCUUCGUAGCCAUCAUUGUCGUCUUAGCGCUUUAUGCAUUUACACCUGCAUUCCAAUAUAUACCCAAUGCUAGCCUUGCUGCAAUUAUUGCGCAUGCUGUGACCGAUCUGAUUGUGGGCCCCUCCGUCUGGCGUCGUUUUUGGCGCUAUCAUCCAUCCGAACUCGUCAUUUUUGCAGCUGCAUACAUCAUUGCAUUGUUCACGCGCAUUGAUAUUAGUGUUUAUGUACCCGUCGGCCUGUCAUUGAUUGUGCAGCUCUACCGAAGUGCGCGCCCUGAAUAUGCAAUCCUUGGCCGCGUGGCGAUGAACCCUGCUUGUGACAGCGAAAAAAAGGAUGCCAUUCAAACUGACUAUGACGAACUGGCCGACUGCAGGUUCUUUUCCUUUACUCAUCCGACUCUGGGCCAUUGCGUUCGGCCCAUCGCCCCUGGCAUUGUGGCGUUCCAACCGCGCGAGAACAUGCUGUUUGAAAACUCCGUGUACUACUCUGAAAAGCUGUUGGAUGAAGUUCAGAGUACCACGCAGCGUGGUAAACCGCUUGCUGAAAAGAUAGGCGACCGGCCUUGGAACGAUACAGGCGAUACGGAAAAGGGACCGGACAAGCCAUUGCUUCGUGCCAUCAUCAUUGAUAUGACUGGAGUGCAUCAAAUGGAUUAUUCGGCCGCAGAGGACCUGAAGGCAACAGUAAAACAGGUCGAUCGGUACUCUGGCAGGUCAAUCCCAUGGUUGUUUGUACUGAACGACUCGAUGGCUGUCCGCAAAGGGUUACUGUAUGCGGGAUUCGGCACCCAACGACGCAAGGUUGGUGGUCCUUUCCGCUCGGAUCUCCCGAAAAAGAAGAAACAAAACAAUGCCGGGGACAACAACAGCAGCAGCGAAUCUGGAGACGAGAACGCUGGAUCGGAUGAUAGCAAAGAUCCAGGCAAAGCUCAGCAGCAAGUAAUCGAGGAUAUUUACAAGCACCAUAGUUCCAGUAAAAACAAUAACAGCGACGCUGCCGUGUCGUCCGACGAUUGUGAUUCGAGCUGCUGGUCCAACCAACAACGCUGUAACUGUGAUACCAUUAGUCAUGUCGACGAUGUAUAUCCCUACUUUUUUGUCACUAUGCGCGAUGCUGCUUGUGCCGCCUAUGUCUGCAAUCUCGAUAUUCCUUCAUCUAUUGCAUCUGAACACGCGCCUUCGGUUAUAGACGAGGAAAAGGGACAUAGUCAGCAUCAGCAGCAGCAUCAGGAGCAGCAUUAGUGUAUAUUCUUCAAUUGUUUUGCUUUAUUCCCAAUACCGCAAGUUUCUGUACAUAAUCAUUUCAUUCUGUCUCCUCCCUUCUUGUUCUUAUACGUAGAUUAUACAUACUUCUUCUAUUCAUCUGUUCUUUUUUUCUAUUAUAAUAUACAGUAUUGCUUCUUUUUUUCUAUCAGAC